CAGAUAUCCAAAAAUGUCUUUCAAAAAGAAUACAAGAUCGGAUCUGGAUGACAACCUCAUUAAUCGUACGGAGAACACCGAGGAUUAUGAGAGUGAACUCCAGAAGAGGUCUAGUUUGACACGUACUGGAGCCAACGGAGUUGGCCCUAGUAAGAAGAAUCAUACUUACAAGGUUGUGCUUCUCGUCGGGCUCGCAAUCCUUGCAAUUUCUUUGUUGAUAGUAGUCAUUGUGACACUUUCAUCAUCAAAGAGCGGUAUAGAAGAUGAACAAGAGCAUAACAUGUUCAAAGCCAUUGGCAUUGAGAAAAGUUUAAGGAAGGUUGUAGUCCAGCUCGAAAGCAAAUACAAAAGCAAAACUGGCAGGUUUACAAACCUGAAGGCAGGAGAAUGAAUAGAUGCAUCCAUUGGAGAAGGCAAAGUAUGAGAAAAAGAAAACAAUAAGUUUGCAGAUGACGUUACUGCUGAGUUCUCGGUGUUAGGAACAGGCAUUAGUAGGUCCUUCUUCUGGGAUACUAAUAAUCCUCACAGAUGGAAUCCUGCCCAUGUUGAUGGGUUCUUGGGAGAUAUUGGAGAGGAUGAGUUAAGCAUGCUUGACGGAGUUGGCUUUGAAACAACUGAUGAGACGAAUUUUGGAUUCAAACUCACUGAUGUUGUCUCAAACAAACCAGUCUUUGACUCUACAAAGAGACCAUUGAUCUUUACUGAUAAAUAUUUGGAGAUAGGAUUUACUUUACCAACUCAGACUUUAUUCGGAUUAGGGCAACACAACUCUAAAUUCUUGCUCUCAGAAGGAGAGUGGACUAUGUGGAACAGAGAUCAGCCAGGUAGCCCCAAAGCUGAAGGAGAAGGUAAACAGCAACUGUAUGGCACUCACCCAUUCUUGAUGUUCAAAACAUCUGACAACAAAUUUGGAGGAAUUCUCUUCUACAACUCCAAUGCUCAAAAUAUUUUGAUUAGAUUCUCUGAGACAGGAAAAGCAUUGAUUACUUACAGAACUGUUGGAGGAAUCUUGGAUAUUUACCAUAUUCUGUCUGAUACAGCUGAUGAGGUUAUUAAGAAGUACAAUGAUCUUGUUGGAAAGCCAGCCCUCCCACCAUUCUGGGCCCUUGGAUUCCAUCAAUGUUCUUGGCAAUACAACACAACUGAAGAUUUAAAGGGAGUUUUAAAUGCUUACAAACUAAAGGAAUACCCAAUUGAUACUAUCUGGACUGAUAUCAUGUACAUGGACAGAUACAUUGACUUCACUGUAGAUGAGACAAACUUCACUGGAAUUAAGGACUUUAUCAACACUCUCCAUAAAGAAGACAGACAUUUCGUUCCAAUCGUUGAUGCAGGAAUCAGCCUUGAACCUCCAAAGAAAGGUCCUAAAUGGUAUGCUGAAGGAGAUAAGGCAGGAGCAUUCAUCAAAUCUACUCAGAACCCAGGUGGUAAGUAUAAUGGAAACAUCAUUGGAAAAGUCUGGCCUGGAUAUACUGCUUUUGUUGAUUUUAUCAGCCCUGCAGGUAAAGCCUUGUGGAAUAAAGGAUUGACUGAACUUGACAAAAUUGUUCCGUUUGAUGGUCUCUGGCUUGAUAUGAAUGAACCCUCCAACUUCUGUACUGCAGAAGACAUGGGCAAGGAGAAAGACGAAACACCAAUUGGAGAAUGUUAUCCUCAAGAAGCACCAAAAACUGAUUCGUCUCUGAGAAAUCUUGGAGAUUCUCCUGUUGGAGUAGGAGAAUUCGAUGAUAUUCCAUUCACACCUGGAGGUGAGAAAUUGGACUACAAAACUUUGUCGAUGGAUGCUUACUUCCACGAUGAGAAUGACAAUGGAACUUUUGUCAUGUACAACAUUCACAACAUGUAUGGAACUCUGGAGACCAUUGAAACUUCGAAGUACUUAGCUUCGAGAGACAAGAGAAGACAUCUCAUUAUUUCAAGAGACAGUUUUGUUGGACAUGGAAAAUACGGAUCUAUUUGGACUGGAGACAAUGACGCCACUUACCAAGAUUUGACUCUCUCUAUUAACCAAAUCAUGAACUUCAAUAUGUUUGGAAUGCCAUUUGUUGGAGGAGAUGUCUGUGGAUUUGGAGGUAGUAAAGCUAACAGCACUCUCUGUGCAAGAUGGGCGCAAGUCGGAGCAUUCUACCCAUUCUUUAGAAACCAUUAUGCAAUUGGUAAGGAAAGACAAGAGUUUUAUCAGUAUCCUGAUGAAUACCAGAAAGGAAUGAAAGAAGCUAUCAGACUUAGAUACUCUCUGCUCAGAUACUUGUAUACUUGCCUCUAUAUUUCAUCGGAUCAAGGAUAUCCUACCAUCAGACACCCAAUGUAUCAGUGGCCAGAUGUUGGCAAGAUCGUUGAGAACGAGAACUCCUUCAUGAUUGGAUCUGCUGUUAGAAUCACUGCAAAUUUCGAUUUGUCUGACAUCGGAAAAGAAAAAAAAUUCAAGGCUCCAUUCGCUAAAGGAAGAUACAUGGAGUACAUCCACUACACCAUCACUAAAGUUAAGAAAGACGUUGAAGAUAUUGAGCUUUACAAUGGAUACGAUAUCCCAAAUAUUCACAUUGUUGAAGGCAGCAUUGUUUCAUUCCAGAGUGUUGAUGGGGUCACCAAGACUCAAGACUUAAUUGAUGACCAACUUAGGUUGCUGAUCUUCCCAACUGAGAACGGAUAUGCCAGAGGAAAUGUAUUCAUUGCCAACGGAGUAACUACUGAUGAGAAAGAACAAUUCUUCGACAUUUCACACUCCAACAAAGCCAUUCAGUUCUUCUUGAGACAAGGUGUUGCUGAUGAUGCUACUCAGUUCAACGAAGUCAUUGAAGAAAUCCACAUUGUAGGAGUUGAGGAUGCUGACAAGGAUCACUUUGUCUGCUUCAUGGACACAGAUGGAAACUUCAAGCCUCUAAACAUUGAGUCAAAGAAAGGCAAAGAUGGAGAAACAGAUUACAUUAGAAUUUUCGGGGGAACUAAUACUAUUGAGUUCGACCAAACUGACACCAUCUACUACGGAGUAGUAGGCAAGGAUUACAACUACUGCAACAGAGGAUACACUGCUAGAGUAGAUUCUCAAACUACAAAAGAAAUGAAGGUUACCAUCAUAAAAACAACAAACCAGAUGGAAAACUCAAAUGAUUUGAAGCUCAAUGUAGCAAUGGUCACAGAUGGAACAAUUCAAGUAACUAUUACUGACGGAGAAAAGAGGUUUGAGGUACCAAAGGAAGCUCUAUCACAAACCACAUUCCAGACAAAUGAUGCAGAAGAUAUUAAAGACUAUGUUGAAAUUAGCAAACAAGGAGAAAAAUUCUCUCUUAAGAUUCAUGAAAAAGGAGACCCAGAAAAUUAUUACUUUAAGAUCAACGAAGACUCUCUGAUCUUCUCAGACUACUAUCUCAGCAUGGAAACCACUGUCAAUACCAAUCAGAAACUCUACGGUUUCGGAGAAAGAGUCACCGACUUCUUCUUGAAAGAAGGAAUAUACACUACCUGGGCCAAAGAUGCUACUGACCCAUUCGAUGAUGGCAAGAAGCCAGGCAAGAACAUCUAUGGAACUCAUCCAGUCUACUUCACCAGAUCGAGCUCUCCGAACAAAUACCACUGGGGAAUGUUCAAUCUGAACGCUAAUGCUCAGGACACCAAGAUUGAGUUUGUAGGAGCAAACGAAGCCAAGAUCUCCCACUACAUCACUGGAACUGGCAUCUUCGACAUGUACUUCUUCAUCGAGAACAAGUCUCCAGAAGAGGCUGUGAACAAGUACCACAAUAUUAUUGGAAACACUCUGUUACCUCCAUUCUGGGGACUCGGGUGGCAUCAGUGCAAGUACGGAUACACUGGAACUGAAAACUUGAAGGAAGUCUACAAGAAUUACACUGACAACGACUUCCCAAUGGAUGUCCUCUGGUCAGACAUCGACUAUAUGGAGAAGUACAGAGACUUCACUUACGACUCAAACGGAACUUAUAAGGGUCUCCCAGAAUUUGUGAAAACCCUCAAGCAAGAUAACAGAAGAUAUGUCCCAAUCAUUGACGCUGGAGUGGCCAUUGUUGACGAUGGGUCUUACAAGACCUUCGACGAGGGAGUCAAGAAGGGAGUAUUCAUCAAGUCUGGAAACAAAAACAGAAAUGGAAAGAAUGAUCCACUCGGAAAGGGCGGAGUCCUUUAUGGUAAAGUCUGGCCUGGAUAUGCUGCAUUCCCAGAUUUCACUAAUGAAAAUACCAACAAGUGGUGGGUAGACAUCAUUAAAGAGUUCAAUGAGAAGCUUGAUUUCGAUGGACUCUGGCUUGACAUGAAUGAAGUUGCCAACUUUUGCGUUGGACCAUGCAUUCCUGAUGAUAUUGUGCCUUUCGAAGAAUCUCUCAGAUCAAAGAUCACAUACCAGCCUGGAGGAGUUGACAUUGAAGAGAAAAUGCUUUCAAUUGAUGGAGUCCAUAAAGAGGGAACAGAAUUAGACUACCAUAGCUUGUUCGGAUUCUUACAAGGAGUAGCCACACACAAAUACUUUGCUGACAGAGGAGAUAGACCAUUUAUCAUCUCCAGAAGCACUUUCUCUGGACAAGGCAAAUGGACUUCUCACUGGAAUGGAGACAACCAUGCCACUUUCGACUACCUUAAAGCCUCAGUAACUGGAAUCAUCAACAUGAACAUCUACGGAAUGAACUUCAAUGGAGCUGACAUUUGUGGUUUCCUCGAGGACACGAACACAGAGUUGUGUGAGAAGUGGACUAAUGUUGGAGCUUUCUAUCCAUUCUCAAGAAAUCACAAUGACAUUCAUACCAUUGAUCAGGAGCCAUACAGGUAUGAAGGAGAUGUUAAAAAUAAUAUGAGAAAUGCAAUUAGAUGGAGAUACCCAUUCCUGAGAUACUUCUACACACAGCUCUACUUGAACCAUAAGAAUGGAGGUACUUUCUGGAAGCCUCUGUUCUUCGAAUUCCCAGAUGAAGAUCUUGCUUACACUGAAAUUGAAAAGAAUGUUAUGAUUGGUAGUGCUCUCAAGCUCAACCCAAUGCUUGACGAAGGAACUACCAAGACUCAGUCAUUCUUGUUCCCAGCCGGUGUUUGGUGCAAUGUGCUUGAUUACUCAUGCUUGAAAGUCAAGAAGACUAGCUCCCAGAACUUGAAUGUCCAGCCAAACAACUUGAACUUGCACCUUAGAAUGGGCCACAUCAUUCCAUUACAAAGAAGCGCCGUUGAGAAGCAUGUGAACACCACUGUUGACUUGAACGAACUCCCAAUGGGAAUUAUGAUUAACAUGGACACCAACACCAAGAAGGCAACUGGAGAUUUCUAUGCUGACGAAGGUACUAAGCUAAACGAUCCUGACUUCACUCAUUCAAUCAUGGACUUUGAGUUUGAUGGCACAGAGGCCACUCUGACCUUCAACCAGCAAAAAUCUGGCUACAUUGCACCUUACACUAAGCUUGGUCUCAUCGAAAUCGUUGGAGCCAAGAACGCAGGACUCAACAAGCUCCUAAAGGUAGUUUCAGGUGCUACCGAAGUUACUGGAAAUUAUGACUCCAAACAUGAUCUUCUUACUUUCAGAUUUGAGGAAUCUCUCGAAAUAUCAACAUUGUCAAAAGUAAAGUUCACCAAAUAAUUUUGCUAAGACAUUUCA